AUGCGAAACAUUUUAAUUUUUGGAAUCGCUGUGGAACGUGACGGAGUCGCAGACGGUCGACCACACGGACUCGUGUGCGAGUGCGUGGCCAUCCGCUUCUCCCCAUGCGGCAGCCUGAUCGCCGUGCUGACGAUGGACUCGACAAUUGGCUUCUACUCGACGAAACAACUCAAGCUGCCCGGCACGGUCCACUCGGAUAAGGGCGAACGCUCGGCCAAGCCGCAGAUUGCCGUCCACAACCUGUCGUUCUGCCCGACUGGCCGUCGCUUCUCGGUGUGCUCGACGGAGGGGGUGGCGGUGUACUCGCUGGACAUGCUCACCCUGUUCGACCCGUUCCAGCUCGACUCGAGCACCAGCCCGGCCACCGUUCAAAAGCACCUCUCCCUCAACGAGUACUCGACGGCCCUGAUGGCGGCGCUGAAGCUGAACGAGAACACGCUGGUGACGCAGUGCCUCGAGGCGACGCCCGUCGGCCAGAUCGAGCUGGUCUGCCAGACGAUUCCGCUGCUGUACGCCGAACGGUUGCUGAAAUGGAUCGCCGACGGCGAGGUGGCCUACAGCUCGCCGCAUGUCCACUUUUAUAUGAAAUGGAUCCAGGCCGUCCUAAAGGUGCACGGCGGCCAGCUGAAGGGACGCGGCGACGCGGCGCUGCUCACCGGCCUCCAGCAGUUCAUCCAGCACCACACGCAACUCAUCAGGAGCAUGGCCGAGCAGAACAAGUACGGGCUACAGUACCUCGUCGCCAUGCGCCAGCUCAACCAGUCGGCCAAGUCUACU